CCAACCUCCAACCGCAGCCGUUACAGAACCUUCUGUUCACCCUGUCAUUUUGAACGACACGAUGGCCGAUAUCGAACCCGUCGCUCUUUCUCAGAACAAGCAGCAGGAGGAGGCACAGCUGGAGCAGCCAGGUCAACAGCUGCAGCAGGAAAUCACUCAGUCUAGUGAAAACCCCGUCGUCGAAGACCUCGGUCAUAGUGACAGCUGGGGACAGGAUGAUGACGAGGACGAUUUUGACAGCGAUGAGAUUGACCUAGAGGACCUUGAGGAUGAGCUCAAUGACUAUGAUGGCUGGGACAAUGCCACAGGAGACUUUACGAAGCAGUAUAACCGCCUUCGUCAACAGCUUCAGCCAAACAAAUCAACAAAUCCGGUAGUCAGUGCACCUGCCGCCAACCAACCUCGCAAAUCGCCUGCUGCAGCGAAGAAGACUGAGUUGUCUCAGCAUAAGGAUGACGAUGGGGCUAUGGCGGGAGAUCAGAUUGAAGCUCUCAGCACAAAGUUUGAAGGGAGAAUUCAUCUUGGAGAGCACAGCGUAACUCCACCUGUGGCAGCAGAGCUCAAGAUGGGAAGCAAGAAGGCUGCAGGAGAUAGGACCAAAAACACAGAUAAAUCCGACCGCGCGACCUCGGACCAGGUACUGGAUCCACGUACUCGCAUCAUCUUGUUCAAGAUGCUUAACCGAAAUGUCAUCUACGAGGUCAACGGCUGUAUCAGUACAGGAAAGGAGGCAAACGUAUAUCAUGCCAGGACAGAGAGCGGAGAACAUCGUGCUAUCAAGAUUUACAAGACUUCAAUUUUGGUGUUCAAGGACCGCGACCGAUACGUGUCAGGAGAGUACCGUUUCCGUCACGGAUACAACAAGAGCAACCCUCGCAAGAUGGUCAAGAUCUGGGCGGAGAAGGAGAUGAGAAACCUGAAGCGUCUUUACCAGGCUGGCAUCCCCUGUCCUGAGCCACUGGUCCUUCGCAUGCAUGUCCUUGUCAUGGGAUUUCUGGGCGACAAGAAUGGCUGGGCGUAUCCCCGACUUAAAGAUGCACAGGUCGAUGAGGACCGAUAUCCCGCCCUGUACUUUCAGCUGGUCAAGUACAUGCGUAUUAUAUAUCAGACUUGCCACCUUGUCCACGCAGAUCUGAGCGAGUACAACAUCCUCUACCACUCACGCACGCUCUACAUCAUCGACGUGUCCCAGUCUGUGGAGCACGACCACCCUCAUGCGUUUAACUUUUUGCGAAUGGAUAUCACGAACGUUUCGGACUACUUCAGGAAGAAGAGAGUUGCGGUCAUGGGUCAAAAGGAGCUCUUUGAUUUUAUCACGGAUGUCAGCAUCGAGAUGUCCGAGGAGGCCAUGGACAACGAACUGGAGAGGAUUCAGAACAACCUUCCUGUGAACGAGACCCAAGCCGAGGCUGACAAACGCAUGGUGGACGAUGCCGUCUUUGCUCAAUCGUAUAUUCCCCGUCAUCUUCAGGAGGUCAUUGAUGUCGAACGAGAUGUGCGCAAGGUGCUGGAGGGCGAUACCGAGGAAUUGCUUUACACAAAGAUGACGGGUAUCAAGAAUGUCGACGAGCGGCCCAAGGACGAUAAGUCGACCUCACGGACCAAAUCUGGUGUCGACGACGAGAAUUUAGCAUCAAAGCCGAAAUCCAUCAAAUCAAAACUAAAACCAACUAAGGAACCCGCACCCACCGAGGCCGCUGGUCUAUUAGCAAGUACAAGCACAGAAGCCGGUGACAAGGAUAAAGAAAAUGACGAUGAACAAGAGGAAGAUGAGGAAGAUGAGGAAGAUGGCAGUGGAUCCGAAGACGAGGAAGGCGAAUCCGACGACAGCGAGGACGCAUUUAGGAAACAGGCGCGCGGCAAGCGGAACGAGGACAAGGAGGCCAAGAAGGAGCGGAAGCAAAAAUCCAAAGAGGAGGCGCGCGAGAAGCGAAAGAACAAGCUUCCGAAGGCGGACAAGAAGCGCAAGGUCAAAUCGACUUCAUCUAAAAAGAAGUAGUGGGAUACAUCCCAUACACACUCAAUAAACCCGCCUGUGCCGAAAGAAGCAUAUUCAGUAUUCAUGGCUGGAUCGAUGGAACGAUUCCACCUUCACGCCUCUUGACCGCGUCAAACGAUCCGCAGAAGCCAAGUUUUUUUAGUAAAAUGUGGAGAGUCGAGAAUUCUCGAUCUGCUCAUCCAGCAAAACCAGACAUACUAAUCGAUUAGUGAGGAUCAGGUUUCAUAAGCUAAAUACUUUUCUUUUAACGCCAGGACCCCGGCUUGCUAUGAUAUCCGGGAUCUGAAAAACCCAUAAUUGGCCGCGCUAAACCUACGCAUAGCAGACAAUGGUUG